AUGGCUUCUUCUUCUUCUUCUUCUUCUGCGGGCAACGGCGGGUUUUUGACGCUGGAGCUGCGUGCGAUAGCGUCGGAGGUGGCGGGCUUGUUGAGGGAGCGGGGCGAGACGGUUGCUGUGGCUGAGACGGUGCCAGGCGGCCUCAUAUCAGCAGCCCUCCUCGCCACGCACGGCGCAAGCAAGAUCUACAAAGGCGGCCUCACACUCUACACCCUCGAGUCCCGCAUCGCGUUUGCGGGCUGGACGCACGAGUCGACGGUCGGGUACACCGGGCCCACGCCCGCCAUCGUCGCCGGCCUGGCCGCCCACACGCGCGCCACCCUCGGCGCGACGUACGCGGUCAGCGAGAGCGGGACGGCGGGGCCGACGGGCGGGGAGACGCGGAACCGGACGCCGGGCUAUGUUGCGCUGGCCGUGGGCGGAGAAGCUGGCACGGCGACGAGGGAAGUCGAGACGGGCUUGGGCGGGGACAGGGAGGGCAACAUGGUGGCGUUUGCGGUCGAGGGGUUGAAGCUGCUCAGGGACGUCGUCAGGGGCGAGGCCAAGCUGGGAUGA